AUGUCAAAUUUUGUUGAAGAAAAUUUGGAAGCAUGGAGUCUUUCUGAAUAUAUUGAGAAAUUUAAAGAUGAGCAAAUUGGCGAGGAGACAUUCCUAUAUAUGCCCGAAUCUAUGAUAAAGGAAUUAAUUCCUAUAAUCGGAAAGCGUUUUUGUUUUCUCCAAAAUCGAAAAAGAUUGCUUCAAAGUGAAAAUGAAAGUUUAGUUGAAAUCUCAAAUAAAUUGCAUAGAACUGAUUGCGAAGAUAUGAUUAUAGCAAACAGUUCUUCGAUAAAUUCAUUUCAAGAUCAUGGAAAGAUUCUAAAAGAAUUACUCUCUGAAUCAGGUGGUAAAAUUUUUAGGCCAAACACGAUUAACUUCAUCAGAUCGAAAUAA